AUGUUAACCACUGUGUCAGCACCAGUCAUGUUACCACUGCGUCAGCACCAGUCAUGUUACCAAUGUGUCACCACCAGUCAUAUUACCACUGUCAGCAUCAUUCAUGAUACCACUGUCAGCAUCAGUCGUGUUACCACUGUCAGCACCAGUCAUAUUACCACUGUGCGGCAUUGCCGUACUGCCAGCGCCAGCUGUACCGCCGCGCCAGCGUGCCGCAGCGCCAGCCGUACCCGCCGCGCCAGCCGUACGCCAGCGCCAACCCGUACGCCGCGCCAACCGGCGUACCGCAGCGCCAGCGUACGCCGCGCCAACCCGUACCGCCAGCGCCAGCCGUACCGCCGCGCCAGCGCACCAGCCGCGUACCGCCCGCGCCAGCCGUACCGCCAGCGCCCGUACCGCCGCGCCAGCCGUGCCGCCGCGCCAGCCCCGUACCGCCCGCGCCAGCGCUACGCAGCGCCAGCCGUACCGCCCGCGCCAGCGUGCGCCGCGCCAGCCGUAGCCAGCCGCCGCGCCAGCCGUACACCCGCUCAUCGCGCCAGCCGUACCGCCGCUCCAGCCGCGCCAGCCGUACCGCCGCUCCAGCGCCAGCCGACCACCGCCUGCUACCGUACGCGCUCCAGCAGCGCCAGCCCGUGCCGCCCGCUCAGCCGCGCCAGCAGUAGCCCGCCGCUCCAGCGCGCCAGCCGUACCGCCGCUCCAGCCGCGCCAGCCGUACCGCCGCUCCAGCGCGCCAGCCGUAGCCCGCUCCAGCGCGCCAGCCGUACCGCCGGCUCCAGCCGCCAGCCGUACCGCCGCUCCAGCCGCACCGGCUGGGUACCCCGCUCCCGGCCAACCAUCUACCACCGCUGCCAGCCGCAUCCGCUCAGCCGCGCCAGCGUACCGCGCUCCAACCGCGCCAGCGUACCGCCGCUCCAGGCGCCAGCCGUACCGCCGCUCCAGCCGCGCCAGCCGUACCGCCACGCCAGCCGUGCCGCCGCUCCGCCGCGCCAGCCGUGCCGCCGCUCCAGCCGCGCCAGCGGUACGCCGCUCAACCGCGCCAGCCGUCCCGCCGCUCCAGCCGCCAGCGUACCCGCCGCUCCCGGCCGCGCCAGCGUACCGCCGCUCCAGCGUACCGCCGCUCCAGCCGCGCCAGCGUACGCCGCUCCAGCCGCGCCAGCGUACCGCCGCUCCAGCCGUCCGCCGCUCCAGCCGCGCCAGCCGUACGCCACUCCAGCCGCGCCAGCGUACCGCCACUCCAGCCGCGCCAACCGUACCGCCCGCUCAAGCCGCGCCAACGCGCGCUCCAGCCGCCAGCCGUACCGCCGCUCCAGCCGCAGCUGUACCACCGCUCUGGCCACACCAGCUUAUUUGGCAGCAGGCAGCGAGGAUCAUGUCAACGGUGCCGCGAGACGGUCUAAAGCUGCAGUGGGAGUCCGGGAGAAAAUCUUCCGGCUAAUGGGGUCCUCCCCUACUAUAACAGCGUCUCCCUCCCCUGCUAGCCUCCCAGCCUCCCCU